CCCAAUUAACAAAACCGUGUGUUUAAUUAUAAAUACAUCGGUUAUAAUGUGUUUAAAUGUUUACGUGUAGUUUAUGUGUGUAAAUUGUGUGCGAAUUGUGUUCAGUGUUUAAACAAAUCGAUACAAUGAUUAGCAGUUAUCAGUCAGUUUUGGAUGGAGUAAACAAAACUCAUUUAAUGAGACAUCGGUUGCAAUCGUGGAGAACGUUGUCUAUAGGCUUAUCAUUUUUAGCACUAAUACUCUUAACCGGAAAAUUAUAUGAAGUCGACAGAGAAGUCAGUUUUUUAAAGUUUGUUAAUAACGAAUGGAUUGACAACAAUAUACCACAAGAACUUCUUCAUAAUAAUAAUAACAGCUCUGUUCGUACGGCUAAUCACAAAACAACACAACAAAUCGCUAUCUUUCACAUCGAAAACUUUAAACAAGACAUCGAAAUACUGAUCGUUGAGUUAUGGUCGGCCAGAACUACCCUCAUCCUAAGCCUGGUAUUCGUUUUGGUCUAUAUUAUUAGCUGGGCCUGGAUGGCAUAUGCUGUCAGUGAGACACAUAGCUCGAGAGAGGUGUCGUUGAAAACGGUAUUACUGUUAGCCGUGUUCGCGGCCGUAGACAUCGCCGCCAGCGCUGGCUUUGUGAUGGUUCGGGUGAUUAUGUAUGCUAUGAGAGAUCAUUACUUUCCCAAAGACAUGCGAAUCCCAGCCCCGGGUGUAGAACACGACCAAAUGUCAAGUUCUGGAGCGACCGAUGUGUUUGUUUCGGUGAUCGUCGGCUUUCUCACCGGUUUAAGAGUGUAUUCAGUGAUUUGUGCCGUUUCUUACUAUAGGAAAGUUCGCAGAGACUCAAUCGGAAGCAGUGAUUAUUCGAGUGACAAAACCCAAGUCAAAGAUAUCGACGAUUUUCUUAAACAAUCGCCAACUUAUGCUCCUAAAGUUCGUGCUCUGAACGCACAUAAGGAAAGGGAGCGCCGGUUCUCUAUCGGUGGCGUUGAGGACACCAUCGAAGAGGAGCGGACGGCCGAACUCAAGAUACAGGCGGCAGAUAUGCCGCUACACAUGCAAAAGGCUGCCGUCCAGAGCACCACUCAUGCCAUUAAAGUGUACACAACUGAGAAACAUAUCGCCGAAAGUGUGAAACAAGACUUCGAUCAGUUAUAUCAGCCGACGUGGCACUGCAUUGUGGGCCGCAAUUGGGGCUCAUGUGUCACACACUCGAAGAUGUGGAAACAAAAGUCCAGUUCACUCAAAACAGUUCUGGGCCUCAGAUCUCAUACUCCGAAAGGCGAAGACCAAUGGCUCGAGAGUAACAAUCAUAUGAGUGAACAAUUGCGCGAAUCUGUGGUCGCAUUUCGGGAUUUUUUGGAUCAAUUGAUUGAAUGGCUGUCGGAAAUGAAGCCCUCAAAUGACGGCCACUCUGUCAGCAAACUAUUGAUGAAAAUAAUGUACGACUUCAAGGAUGUAAUCAGAAAUCGAAGUCUUGAACACCGAUUAAACAGAAUCUAUAGCCGAGCCGUUCAUAGCGAGCGCCGACACGAACGCCGUGUUAACGAACACAUCCGCGGCGUUGAGUACGAUAUCAGACGUUUGGAUGAGAUAAUGGACAGCAUUGAAGACACGGCCACAAAGUGUCACAUGUUUCACAAUUUCGCGCAUUUCUAUUCAGAUGAGUUCUACCCCGAGUUUACCGCAAAUGUCUUCAAUCAAAGAAAGUACUUCUCCGCUAAUCAGACGGUGUUGUAUAAAGCGUUCGUUAAGUUGUUGUGUACUUAUAAUAAUGGCUUAUAA